UUUCGACCUUGCGCAUAUCGCGGUAAAUUUGGACAAGAAGCUGCGUAACGUACUCGAAACCUUGCUUCAUUAGCUUAUGGUUUCUCGGGUCAAAUUGUUUAGGUUUUCUGCUUGUCAUUGUUAUUUAAUCUCGGUCGCUCUUACUGUCGAAUGCAAGUAAAUUUUGCGAGCUUUCUGAGUCUUCGGCUCAUCUUUCCCCAUGUUUCUCUUAGCUUUACUUAACUAAAUUUCUCCCACUUACUCAGUACUCAACGUCCCUCAGGCCAGAUGCGAACCGCUAUACUCAAUAAUAUGAGAUUCCCUCAUAAAGAUAAUUAGCCAGUCGACAUAAUCUGGGAAGUAUUCUUAAAUGUCUUAUCUUGAAGCUUUUCCAACAUGUACAAAGGUGAAAAGAUGUGUACAGUCAGUCUGCUCAGAAACAUUCGAAAAAGAUUUGAAAUAUCCCCGCCUGUUGGAUAAAUCAAGAAAUAAUAUAAUCCGUACUCCAUCAUUAUGUGAUGUUAGUUACAGUUCAACAAACCGUUUAAAUGAAUUUGAAAAUGCCAACAAUCCUUCAUGUAGUCAUGAUCGACUUGCUCAGUUAUCCGCUUUAAUUGAUCAAUGUUCACAUGGUGAAUUGUUGCAUAUAAAAAAAACUAUAAAACCAUUGUUGAAACGAGAUUUUAUUGCAUAUUUACCUGUUGAAAUUUCUUUACAUAUCUUACAAUAUUUAUCACCUCGAGACAUAUUUCAUUGCGCCCAAGUUUCCAAGACUUGGCAACUUGUUUGUGAUGAUAAUUUGCUUUGGUAUCGUUUGUGUGUAGGUGCUGGAUUGUUUAACACAUUAUUCAACAAAUCCACAAUGAACUUAUAUUCAGGUACCCAUCUGGAUUGUCUUUUAUGUGUAAAUAAACCUACAAAUUCACUUUGUAAUGAGACAAAAUCCCUUUUUGAAAGCUCUAUCAUCAAUAAUAGUAAUAUCACUGAUGAUGGUGACAAUUUUAAGGUACAUGAUUGUGAUGUGUCCAUGAAAAGUGAUCAUAUUCAAUCUUUUGACACUGAUAAUGAAUCAACUUUUGCAUUAUCUUAUUCUGGUAAUCCUUCAAAUUCUUUUAAUUUGAAUGAGGUCAAUUGGAAGUCUUUAUAUCGUCAAGAUUUACAUACUCAGUGCAAUUGGAGAAAUGGUGGACCAUGGCAUCCUAUCAUUGUACCAGCUCAUCAUAAUCAUGUCAUCACUUGUUUAGAAGUAUAUGAAGAAUGGGUAAUCACUGGGUCAGAUGAUUCAAGUAUCUGUAUAUGGGAUAUUAAUACUGGACAGUGUUUAAUUAAUUUAUUCGGUCACCUUGGUGGUGUUUGGUCAAUGACUGUUAUACCACGUCAAUUGUUAUUUCUGUCAGAGCAAAAACAAUUAUCUCAGCAUCCUUUACUUAUAUCUGGUAGUUGUGAUCGAACAGCUCGUGUAUGGCAAUUAGAUGGUCAACAUUGGCCUUGUGUAGCCACGUUGUUUGGACAUCAAUCAACUGUUCGAUGUUUAGCUAGUCAAAAGUUACAUUCUAGUCCAAAAUUUGUUGUUACCAAUUCGAACAGUUAUCAUCGUUCCACAGUUGUAUAUACUAAUGAUAAUAGUAAUAGUAUUGAUGAUAAUACUUCUAAUUCUACUAUUAAUAAUGAUAAUGAUGAUGAUGGUGUCGGAGAUGAUGAUUCAGAUAAAGAAUUAACUCACAAUAUAUUUCAUAAACAACAAACCCAUUCUAGUCAUGAAAGCACGCAAAAAACAACUUCCAAUAUUCAUCAGGCCAACAGUAGUAGCAGUGACGGUAGUAGUAAAUUGUUUCAUCCAAUUCUAUCAAACAAUGAGUCUAUUUCGACGUUUAAAAUGGAGAAACAACAGCAAACUUUUCAAACUGGUCACUUAGUUGUUACAGGUAGUCGUGAUACAACUUUACGUCUAUGGAAUGUAUUAACUGGUGAAUGUAUACAAGAAUUCCGAGGUCAUCGUGGAGCAAUACGUUGUGUUCAGUUUACUGGUGAUCAAAUUGUUUCAGGUAGCUAUGAUUGUACAAUUCGUUUAUGGUGUGCAUUACAAGGUCAUUGUCUACGUGUUUUCAGUGCACAUACAAAUCGUGUUUACACAUUAUUAUUUGAUGGUUAUCAUAUUAUCAGUGGUUCAUUGGAUACGACUAUACGUAUAUGGAAUGCACAUACUGGUGAAUUGAAACAAACUUUCUAUGGUCAUCGUUCAUUAACAAGUGAAUUAGCAUUUGGGUCUGAACAAAAUAUUCUUGUGUCAAGUAAUGCCGAUGAAACAAUACGAGUUUGGCAUAUGAAUAGUGGAAAGUGUGUACAUGUUCUUGCUGGACCUCAUAAACAUCAAUCAGCUGUUACAUGUGUUCAAUUAACUCGUAAUUUUAUAAUAUCAUCUGGUGAUGACGGUACAGUGAAAUUAUGGGAUAAGCAGUCUGGUGCGUAUAUUCGAGAUCUUUUACGCCUUGAUGGAGCUGGACGAGGCGGUGUUAUCUGGCGUAUAGUUGCUUCUGAAGAACGUUUAAUAUGUGCUGCUGGAAGUCGAAUUGGUAUGGAACCGACAAAAUUAGUUAUUCUACAGUUUCAAGAACCAAAUCUUUGUUCAAAACACUCGAACACUAAUAAUAGUAGUAAUAAAAUAUCUCAUAUCUGUCGGCCUAGACAUAAAUAUGCUCCAGAACCGAGACUUAGUCAACUAAUAUGCACCAAUUUCAGUACAAUCUAGUAUUUUACCAUUACUUGUUGGAGAUAAUUAGGUUAAAUUUAUUAACUGUUUUAGAUACAUUUCAAUGAAAAAUGUUUGGAGAUUCAUAUUUCAUUGAAUUGUGUACAUAAAUCAGCUUGUUUACUCGUUUGGUCUUCUGAUUAUUGAUAAUUCUUUUUAAAGGUAUGUAUUAGCGAUAAAGUUGUCACAAUCACAUCUAAUCAAUAAUCACACAGAGUAUGGUAAGUCGAGUUUUUAUAAUUGAUUAUAAUAUCGUUAAUGCUUUGUGCAAAAGGUUCCAUUGAUAUUCUAAAAAAAAUAUUUAACCAUGAAAAUCUAGACCCAUCUCUGGUGUUCGGGCAAACUUCGACACAGUAAUUAACGGUAGUAAUAAUGACUGACUGUCAACGGUUCAUGGGAAUUUCCGUAUUUCAUGGUUGACGUCAAAGACUGAUCUUAGAUAGCGCUGAAGAGCUACUAGGACAAAACAGCUGUUCAGUGUCCCCUUACUUACUAACAUAAACCUUUCUACCCCCAACCGACUUAUUCUUGUUAUCUUCUUCCUACUUACAUUUUAUUUCAAUUCUAAUGCCAUGUCGCGCAACUCCUCCAGUCAUUUAUCUGCUUGAUGAAUAUUCAAACCCUUAAAAACUACAAUUACAGCUUCUCAGUGACAGGUGCAAAGUUCAGUAAAUUCUCAACAAUAAAGAAAUUUCCAAUUCUUACUCAUUGGGAUAUUAAAAAUAUAUCAUUGUUUUGUUAUCAACAGGCAUAUUGUUCUUUAUUCAUCCUAAAAGGAAGCGUAAUGAGCGACAAACUCGACAUAUUACGUGUUAGUCGUGUAUUAUAUUUACUUUCUUUUUAGCCGUAUGAAAGUCAAUAUAUUGUUAAUAUAUAUAUAUAUAUAUAUAUAUAUAUAUAUAUAUAUUAAUAUAUUAUAUAAUUGUUAGGCUGAUUGCACACAUAAGAGCGAAAAUGUAAUUGGCUGAAUUUCGAACCUAGAAUGAACCAACUGGAUUGCUUUUUGAGUCUUCUAACCAGCCAGCAACUUAGUUCUUUAGGAAAAAACUUAGUAGAUCUAAUAGGAAUGCUGUCACAAGCUUCUCAAA